AUGGUCCUCUUCGUGGUCGGUCCAGAUGCUGCAGGAAGUCUCCAGCGGUCCACUCCGGACCAGCAGUACCGCGUGUUCCGGACUUGUGUUGGAAGUGAAGUCCGAUGUUUAAAUACUACUACUACAUCUACUACUGCUAAUACUACUACUACAUAUACUACUACUAGUACUACUACUGCAUAUAAUACUACUAAUACUACUACAUAUACUACUACUAAUACUACCACAACAUCUACUAAUACUACUACAUCUACUAUUACUAAUACUACUACUAACACUACUACAUAUACUACUACUAAUACGACUACAUAUACUACGACUACAUAUACUACU